CGCCCGCAGCAGUCUCCUUCCCGGCGAGGUUCACUCCAGAGAUGGCUGCGAAAGUGUGCAGAUCAGUCCUCCUGUUGUCCCGGAGCAGCGGAGCGGUGGCCGGCAGCCUACCCGCACUUGUUGUCUCAUCACAGCGGCACCAUCAGCACAUAAGACCGCAGGAGGUACUGUCUGCUCCUCUCUCUCGUCAGAGCAUCAGGAGAGCACAUGGUCUGCGGCCCCACUCCACACUGUUCAGCCAGCCCCCCACUGCCCUGUCUCCACAGGUUUGGAAGGGUGCCCCCUCAUGGCAUGGCCAGAGACUGUUGUGUACCUCUGCUGCUCCAGAAGAGGUGACAGUGGUGUACCAGAACGGGCUGCCGGUGAUCUCGGUCAGUUUGCCGUCCCGACGAGAGCGCUGUCAGUUCACCCUGAAGCCACUGAGCGACUGUGUGGGCGUGUUUCUGCAGCAGCUUCAGGCAGAGGACAGAGGCAUCGACCGUGUGGCCAUCUACUCCAUGGAUGGAGCCCGGGUUGCCUCCUCCACAGGGAUUGACAUUCUGCUAUUGGAUGACUUCAAACUGGUCAUUAAUGACACCACACACCUCGUACGGCCUCCAAGGAGAGAGUUACUGCCUCACGAGGAGUUGGAUCGACUGAAUGAUGUUAAGUUCCUGGUGCAGCAGCUGUACACCACACUGCGCAUUGAGGAACACCAACUCAGCAAAGAACGCGAGCUGAUUGGACGGCUCGAAGACCUCAACUCUCAACUUCGCCCUCUCGAGAAGGUGAGGGAGGAGUUGAGUAAGAAGGCGGAGCGGCGUACCACUUGGGUGCUAUGGGGCGGGAUGGCGUACAUGGCAACUCAGUUUGGAAUCUUGGCGAGGCUCACCUGGUGGGAGUACUCCUGGGAUAUUAUGGAGCCUGUCACCUACUUCAUCACAUACGGCACAGCAAUGGCCAUGUAUGCUUAUUUUGUGCUCACACGCCAGGAGUACGUUUAUCCAGACGCCAGGGACAGACAGUAUCUGCUGUUCUUCCACAAGGGGGUGAAGAGGACACGCUUCGACAUAGAGAAAUACAACAAGCUGAAGGAUGAUAUCGCAGAGGUGGAGUUAGAUCUAAAGCGUCUGCGGGACCCUCUGCAGCUCCAGCUCCCCAUCCAGCAGCUCAGUGGCAGUAAAAAUUGAUGGAGACCGUGAAGCCCCGCCCCUUUAGCCCAAACGCCCCUUUUUCUUUACCUCCUCUCUCCUUCAUCCCAACCUUAAACUCUCUUACUUUUCCCUUGCUUUCCACACCCAAAAACCCCAUCCUGUUUGACUGUGGGAGUUUUUCUUCUGAUACAUUUUCCCUUUUAAAUCUCUUGACUGAAAACAGUUUAUCAAACCUGCAGAACAAUAGUGAGGAAAAUCUCUCACAGCCAAAGGAGGAUGACAAAAAGGACGACUGCGAUGACGGUGAAGAUGGAUUUAAACUGGCACUAAGGAGCAGCCUCAACUCUUUGGGAAAACGGUCUGCAGGGAAUACAGAGACACAGGAAGCAACUCAAAAGGACAUUCAGAGGCGACUGUAGUGGAGUGUGCAUCAUGAAGGACUUUUCUGCUCGUAGUAGUCGAACUGUCAACAUGCAGCUACUAUUGGUCCGACUUCAGGGAGAGUCCCACUUUAAAGUUUACAGAGAAGUCCCGGCCCGGUCCGAAGGCUGGGCUGACUGCAGUUGUCCACCACGAGGACCUAGUUUUUGUGGCUAAACUCUGCUGCCUCCUCCCUAAGCCACGACCUUUGCCCUUUCACCUCCAGGAUGUCGCCUCGUUUCCUCUUCCUGUUGAUAUCCUGUAGCGGUGCAGUUCUGCCUAAAGUAUGAGAGUACUACCGACAACAACAUCACUGUGUGUUCUUUUAUUCCAAAAAAUAUUUUGGCACUUUUUAUUUGAAAGCCAUAGUAUAUUUGUUAUGAAAAGAAUAUAAAUAUAUAAAUAUAAAUAUAUAUGUAUACAAUCAAAUAACAGAUGACCAGAGGCUAGUUUUCUGUCAGUGGGGGGAGGAGCUCUAAUAAACGUCAUUGCGUUUUUAUUUUUGUUCCUCUGUCAUAAAUGCAAACUCCUUUUACAUCCUUUUAAGCAUUGCAUUAUUAUAAGAAAAUAGCUUUAUAGAUGUACCCAUGUUGGUAGUAAAUUAUCACUGACAAACUUCACAUCAAACUCUACUACAUAAAGCAAACUCUUAAAAACUUUAUAGCUCCUCAACUCCCACUAAGGAGCUAGUGACAUUUAGGUGGCAUCAGGGAGACGUUUCUUGGGAUUUGAAUAAUUAUACGGAUCCUCUGAUGAAUUUUAAUAUCGAAAGGCAACACAGCACACUGAAAUGAAAAGUGCUGUUUACCCAGACACACCUAGAGGCUUGUUAUGGUUCUAGAAGAUUAAUUAUCUCUGUGGCUCAUUUUAGAAACGACCACACAGCUUUGAUAUAAAUCUACCUUUUAAUUUGACUUUUUCAUUAUAAGGAUUUCUCUCUUGAGAUGUUGAAAUUACCACCAUUUAUUACUAUUUAUAGCAUCUCUCUAAUCUCUCAUGACCCAUAACGACAAGUGCCACGGCUUCAGUCUCAAAGGACGUCCAGAGUCUUCUCCCUCCACUGUUACGCCCCCUGCUCCCCCUGAUGGCCAGGCAGGGUAGACUGCAUGCAGUGGUAUGCCCUCAGUAGAAAAAAUUGUGAAUGUGUAGGAGCAUUAUCGCAAAUUUUGUACUUCAACUAGACACGUAUCAUUUGCCUCAUCAAGCUGAAGUCUCAUCGCCUAACCUGUGACCAUAUCCAAGAUUUCUGUUGUGUUUAAGUCCAGGGGAGGAUUGGUGGACCUUUCUCUGGCUCUCUCUCCAAAAUUGCAAUUCAUGACCACAGCACAAUGAUUUUAGUCCAUCAACCAUUUGCUUUGUGUUAACGGCAGGCUAAAUCCUACAAGUCAAGAUCAUAGUGUGUAACUGCAAAUUGUCCAUUUAAAUGCAUGAUUAUAGGUUCAAUUCAAAGUUAACCAUGCAGAUCUCCAGCUAGGAUUUAGCCUAAUGUGUUUGAACGUCUGCGUGUGUGUGCAAUGGUGCCUUUUAGACGACCAAUAAUUACAAUGGUGUGUAGACAAUGUAGCAAACUGAUGACAGUAGGAAUACUAGGAAUCUGUUGUUAUUCGGAAUGGCAUAUUUAUAGGACAAAUUAGGCAUAACAUUAUGACCAUUGCCAGGUAGAAGCCAUGGAAAGUGACUGUAUUAGGAAGCAAAUAUACAAUCGUGCUAUUCAAACUUGAUGUGUUAAAGGGCAUUAAAUAAGCAUAUUUAUUUUUGUAUUACUUUUUACACCAUAUUCUUUGUAUUUCUAGAAGUACAAAUAUGAGAAGAUACCAUUAGCCACCUCUCCAUCAUACCAUGUAGUUACAAAAAGCACCACCAAAUGGAAACAGAGGUGUAUGUGGUGAUGUAUUGAAAUUGUAAGUAGUUUGUUGUAUGAGCUAAUAAACAAGUCUACUAAUGCUGUACUUUAUGGAUUACUAUGUAGGAUUACUGAAACCUGUGCAAAUUAAUCAAAACAAAUCCAUAACAACAUUAUAAGACAUUGUAUAAUAUAGGACGUUUAAAGAAGAAAAAUAUUAGCAAAAUCAGACAAAUCUGCAGUUGUGUGUUUACUCUACCGUGGCCAGUAUCUCUCAGUAUCUAAUGUGGUGUAAGUAGGAAGAAAAUUCAAUCUAUAAUCAAAAUAUUAAACCUACGUUGUGGUCAGAAUAUAAAGUGUAUUUCAUAUUAGAUUGGUGGUCACAAUGUUAUGCCUGAUUACUGUGUGUUUGUUGUUGUGGGCAUUUCUGUCAUGACCACAAAUGCUUUGCUUUUAAACUAACUACUCUAUUCUCGUGCCAUUUCAUAGCAGUUUUUUUUUUUUUUCUGAUGAAAUGCUCUCUUAUUAUUCAUUCAAAUUGUCUGUUUCCUUGGAGACUUCAUGUAGGAGGUGAGACCAGCCCAGUCCUCCCCUCACACUUCUUUGCCAUCGCCACCUCCUCCUUUUUAUCACAUCGUCCACCAGUUAAUGCCUUUUUAAUUAUUUUCUUGCUUUAUUUUUAAAGGAACUAAAUAUAUCAAAUAUAGGGAACUUUAUUAUAAAGAGGGUGUUGCAUGAAUGUAUGUUUACAUGGGAAAAAUAUGAAAAAAUGAAACAAAAAAAAGAUGAUUUAUCAAAAAACUGCAAAGAUAAUUUAAGAACGUUGUUUGUAGAGAUUCCUAGUUCUAUUAUAAAAAGGGCAGCAGACAGGGUUUGCCUUUAGAUUCUGCCCUGCCAAAAUCAGACUCAAUCCCAGCCAACCAAAACCAUCCUUUUGUUUACUCCCAUAAUCCUCUCGGUUCUUGAGGAACUUUGGCCUUUUGACCUCAGUCAUAACUAUCCUGAUAUGAGUGCAGAGGAAGAGGCGCCGCUUGUUCACAAUGUCCCUCUCUCUGGUUCAUCCAUGUUGUUUUACUUCAUUUUGUUUUUUUUUGUGUUUUUUGACUUUCUUGUUUAUGUGCACUUAUGUUUGAGAAAUGCCUAAGAGUGAAGCUGAUCAUAGGAUUGACACAAGCUUAUAAUACUCCAUUCUGACCUCUUGAUUAUGUUUUUGGCUUUGUUUGUUUCUGUUGACAUAUGAUGCUGUAAUGUUGGCAAAAAAUAAAAAUGUAAAAUCCUGUAUCAUUUAUGAAAUAUGUAUAAAAGAGAAAUGUAAUUCAAUUAUCAAUAAAAUCCUUAUCCAGUUUUUGGA